AUGCUCUCCAAAACCAUCAAAUUCACCGACACUUCUCUUCCUUCUUUUACUCCAAACAAACAGGAAUCAUCAUUCUCUCCCUUGUUCUCUGCCCACUUCUUACAAAAGCUUAUAGCAGAACUUGUGGGAACUUAUUACCUGAUAUUUGCGGGUUGUGCCGCUAUUGCCGUGAACGCUCAACACAACAAUACAGUGACUCUUAUUGGCAUUGCACUGGUUUGGGGUCUAGUGAUAAUGGUUCUUGUUUACACUCUCGGCCACAUCUCUGCACAUUUCAAUCCCGCUGUCACUAUUGCCUUAGCAUCGUGCAAAAGAUUCCCUCUGAAUCAACUCCCGGCCUACAUAACUGUUCAAGUCAUCGGAUCAACCUUGGCCUCUGCGACUCUGCGUCUUCUGUUUGAUUUGAACAAUGAUGUGUGCAGUAAGAAACAUGAUGUCUUCCUCGGGUCAUCUCCUUCCGGGUCUGAUCUUCAAGCAUUCGUGAUGGAGUUCAUCAUCACCGGCUUCCUCAUGUUAGUCGUCUGUGCCGUCACAACCGCCAAGAGAACAACUGAGGAACUAGAGGGUUUAAUCAUUGGCGCAACUGUCACAUUGAAUGUUAUAUUUGCCGGAGAGGUAACAGGAGCAUCGAUGAAUCCAGCAAGAAGCUUAGGGCCUGCGCUAGUGUGGGGAUGUUACAAAGGGAUCUGGAUUUACUUGCUGUCUCCAACACUUGGCGCUGUCUCCGCGGCCUGGAUUUAUAAAAUGUUAUCGUCUACACAGAAAACAGAGCCUGAGUUUUCCAAUACAGCAUCUUCUCAUAAGCGAGUUACCGAUCUUCCUUUAUGA